UGCCAGGCACGCUUUCCUCACAAUAUACAUCCUUCCACUGAGGUCGAUAUUGGUACAGGAGCCAUUCACUUCAAAAAAAGUGAGCCAUGGAUCAACACCUUCAACCCUGUGAUGUCAUACGCUCUCAGAUGCAAUACAGAUGUUACCUGUCUGUUAUUGAGAACUCAAGUAUGCACCAUCAUCACGUACAUUACUGACUAUAUUACUAAAUCUCCUCUUAAAACACAUUCUAUAUUCGAGACUGUAUGCACUGUGUUGGAU